AUGCCUAGGAGACGCAAAUCUGAUCUAGGGCGAAGUUCUAGCGGAGCUCGCGCUAAGAGAAUCGCUAGAAGCCAAGAGUCUGAAGAGCACACUCAAACCCGUUUGACUUUAGAUGCCGAGCGCCACGCAUCUCAUAGAGCUGCUGAGACUGAAGAGCAAAGCCAAGCCCGGCGGUUUUUAGAUGCUCAACGUCACGUAGCUCAAAGGGCUGCUGAGACCUUGGUUCAAACUCAAGCACGACGGCUUUUAGAUGCUGAUCGUCACGCGGUUCUGAGAGAUGCUGAGACCUUGGAUCAAAGUCAAGUGAGGCGGCUUUUAGAUGCUGAUCGUCACGCUGCUCUGAGAGAUGCUGAGACUUUAGAACAAAGUCAAGCACGCCGACGAAUAGAUGCUGAUCGUCACGCGGCUCUGAGAGAUGCUGAGACCUUGGAUCAAAGUCAAGUGAGGCGGCUUUUAGAUGCUGAUCGUCACGCUGCUCUGAGAGAUGCUGAGACUUUAGAACAAAGUCAAGCACGCCGACGAAUAGAUGCUGAUCGUCACGCGGCUCUGAGAGAUGCUGAGACCUUGGAUCAAAGUCAAGUGAGGCGGCUUUUAGAUGCUGAUCGUCACGCUGCUCUGAGAGAUGCUGAGACUUUAGAACAAAGUCAAGCACGCCGACGAUUAGAUGCUGAUCGUCACGCGGCUCUGAGAGAUGCUGAGACCUUGGAUCAAAGUCAAGUGAGGCGGCUUUUAGAUGCUGAUCGUCACGCUGCUCUGAGAGAUGCUGAGACUUUAGAACAAAGUCAAGCACGCCGACGAUUAGAUGCUGAUCGUCACGCGGCUCUGAGAGAUGCUGAGACCUUGGAUCAAACUCAAGCCCGGCGACGGUUAGAUGCCGAUCGUCACGCAUCUCAAAGGGCUGCUGAAACAUUAGAGCAAACACAGGUGCGAAGGGUUUUAGAUGCUGAGCGUCAUGCAUCAUUAUUUGCUGAAUACAGAGGCCGCUAA